UCUGUACAGCACUUUGAGAUAUCAGCUGAUGUACGAAGGGCUAUAUAAAUAAAUUUGAUUUGAUUUGAUUUGAAUGACGGGAAUUCAUUGUAUGUUUAUUAUUCAUUGAGGGAAGGGUUAACCUCUCAGUUCCUCUAAACUGAGGAGGUACUGUUAGGAACUAGUUGAGACUGGUUGAGCCCUCCCUAUCAGCUACUUCCCUGUAAGGAAACCAAACUGUGCAUCAAGCAGACUGGUCUACCACUGAUCACAUAGGACUUAUAGAGGUGUCCAUCUCAAUUGCCAGGAAUGGAGGAGCUCACUUUCUCUAAAAAUAUGCAUUUGUUGUUGAAUAAUACAUUUUGAGUGAAUUUAAAUGGGUGUGUAGUUUCAUGCUCUCAAAAAGAAAUGUAAUCAAAUGUAAUUACAAAAUAGUAAAUAAAUAGAUUAUAUUGAACAGUUCAUACUGCAAAUUGAAGCUCAACAGUUAUAAAAUCUAUGCAGACAUUUGUCAUGGUUUACAUUCUCUCGUGAGUCAGCGGGAGGGAUCUGAGUGUUUCAGAACACCCAAUGGUUGAGUUCGUUUUGCAUGGCCGGAUGCGCCUGGUAGGCAGAGUAUACUCAUUUUAGACCAUUCCAUUGAUCCUUAAGUGAAAUCUCCAACCAUCCGGGGCCCCGGGACAUGCAAAAUGAACUCCACCACUGACAGACGCAUAUGUAACUCCUGGAUAGUAGUUUAUUUUACAGUACUGUUUAAGCUGUUUUACUGGGACAUUAUAUGGUAUGGGUACUUUCUGCUGCUAACUAAAAAGAAUUCAACACUAUUUGUACGUACGUGUAGGCUACUUGGUACAAAAUGGGUGGAGCACUUUCUAAUGCAAAAUGGCUGCCAUUGAUGGCAUCGCCCAGUUGGGUGCUAUACAUUGCAUGUGAGUUUCCCCCACAUAUCUAAGUAAACAAUCGGUAGCCUAAAUUCUUUACCGUAAAGUGCUGCAGAAAUUUGAGCUGUACUGAAUUGAUUGAAUUCAUAAGUUAUUUGAGCAACAUGGUCAUACAAUUGCUGUUUCAAGUAAUUUCCCAGAAGAGGGGGUUUUAUGAUGUGCACUUCCUGCUCAGGCAUAGCAGAGGCUCUACACCCACUCAUCACCACACUUUAUGACAUGCCCUAUCAUCUUUCAAUGAGGCAAAAGAUUACCGCAAUGAAGGAAAGCAAAGCAACAAAAUAAUGUGUAGAUUAACUUUAAUGUUGUCUACAUGGGAUGGAACCUGUUUGCCACUAUGACCCAAUUAACACUGUAGCAGUAACAACAAGAGUGCCCUUAUUUAGGGCAGAUUCAGAGCUGUACAAUGCCAGAAAUUCUCUAACAAAAUGAAUAGUUAGUCCUUUAAAAAAAGGUGUGUCCUACAGAUGCAACACAGACAUUAUCAGAUGUUAUUGGAAUGAAUGUGCACCUUUUAACAUGAUUACUUAUACGGCAUACACACUUAUUUUAACAUUAUGAUUAUUGUUCUGCCUUCCUGUUGAUUUAGAGCUGUGUAACCAAGAGUGGCCAGCAUGUCAGUGACCGUGACCAAUGGCAAAAGGGUGGCUGUAUUUACCGUGAACACUAAAGAAGGAAGCAGUUGGCCCCUGCUGUGUCAAAUACUUGGGACCCUGUGCUACAGCCCAGCAAGCUCUGUGUCCCAGGGACCUUGGAGGCUCCAAGCAAAUUCCCAGUCAGCUCUGGGGACUAUACAGAUCAUGGUGGGAGUACUCAACAUUGACUUGGGAGCGAUCCUUGUUAGCACUGAUUAUACACUGGCAGGGUAUAGGGUUCCUUAUUGGCUUGGUGGUGUGUUUAUAGCAGUUGGCAUCAUGUUUAUAUUGGCUGAGAAGUUCCCCAGUCCCUGCUUGGUGGGCAUCAAUAUGUUGACGAACCUGUCAGGUGCUUCUCUGGCCAUUGCUGGAAUUGUGCUGGCAAACUGCCAUUUCUGGUGGAGUUGCAAUGAUGACGACUACAUCUGGCGAGAUGACUACUAUGGCAGCCAGGUGAGACAACUACCAAGUCAUCCGCAGAGGGAUAGACUCUUGGCGAAAUGCAAAGAUGCCAAGCAGGUUUCACGGAUGUUGACGAAUGCCUUGGACAUCGUGCUCAUCGUCCCUGCAGUCCUUCAGCUUUGUGUCACCAUCAGCUCUGCGGUGUUGGGUCUCAAGGCUUUGUACAAGGAUGGAAAGGAGGGAAAAGAGAACAUCCAGGACCUGGAGCAGCAUAAGCCUCUGCUGGAGGAGGUCAUCACUAACCCUGCAGCUUAAAGAGCACAGAUCUGAUAUACUUUAUUGUCCACGAGGGUAAAUUUUGUCGUGGACGAUUUAGUGGUGCUGCUUCCACAUGAAAUCCAUAGAAUCAAAUGUGUUCGACAUCAAUGGAACAUCAUCAUCAUACACGCCCCCACACAUUUUUUGUUUCAUACAUACAGUAUGUAGUACAUAUAGUUAACAUACUUAAUUUACUGUGACUUGACACUGGUUGUAUGUCUUCAUGCAGUUUGAGUCAUGUUUUUUGUAUUUGUCAUUUUUACAAAACUGAAAGGACAGCUAAAGGGGAAUAUAUCAAGUUAAUUACUGAAUUGAUUGUUAUAUUAUUUCUUUUUUGUAUUUUGAUAUUUUCUUA